AUGCGGCGGCCGGGCGAGGCGCAGCGCCGCGGUCCCCGGCAGGUGCCGGAGAACGGGCCCGGGGCGGGAGACAUGGAGUCCGGCGGAGACCUCCCGGCGGAUCGGCCCUCGGUCCUUCGGAGUGGGAUGGAGGAGCCUGAGAAGGAGGCAGAUGAUGAGGGAGGGAAGACUGCCUGGCAGCAGAGCCUGAAUCCCGAGCUGCAGCAGGGGUACCGCAUCCUGCGCGAGUUCCUACUGGAGAAGUACCGGCCUCUGACGGCGCCGUUCCUGAAGCCCCUCGCGGAUCAGGCAUUUUUCGGGGAAGAAGGCUCUGGCUCCCUCUUGGGCCGUAAGAGCAGCCACUCCUUGCAGCAGUUGCCCGCUGGAAUAUGGCUAUUGAAAAUGGAAGAGAAAUUUUCCAGUGGGCAGUACACAGGGAUAGCAGAUUUCGUGUGUGACUUCCGGCUUAUGCUGGAGACUUGCUAUCGACUGCACGGUGUGGAUCACUGGCUCUCCAAACAGGCCCAGAAGCUGGAGAUGAUGCUGGAACAGAAGUUGGCGCUGCUAUCCCGGCAUUUAAGAGAGAAAACAUCAUUGGCUGUAACAUCUAGAGGAUGCUAUGGGCAGGAGGAUGAAAAAACAACAGCAUGCAUUUCUACAAGACGUCGUUCCACGCCUCGCAAUUUAGUAGGUUUGUCAACAGGUGUGUUUGAGUCCGUGAUGGUUCAGGUUCUAAGACAAGAGGAGCAACUGAGAGCAAAAGAGGAAAAGAGGCAGAGAGAGCAAGAAAGAAAAGAAGCAGAAGAAGCUAGUCAGAAAGAAAUAGAAGAAUGGGAAAAAUCACUUUUAGCUCAAGCAGCACCUACAAGGAUGGAGACAAUGUGGGAGAUCCCAGCUAUUGGUCAUUUUCUUUGCUUGGCACAACAGAUUUUAAAUUUACCUGAAAUAGUAUUCUAUGAAUUGGAACGCUGUCUUCUGAUGCCUCAGUGUAAUGUUUUUUUAUCUAAAAUAAUGACUUCUUUGUUAAGUCCUCCUCAUCGCAGACCUACAUUACAUCGCAGGCCUACAUUUUCCUACAGGACUUGGGAAGCAGCACUCAGAAAGAAAGUGCAACACUGGUAUACUGUUGUGGGGCAGACCGACAAUCCUAAUGGUGCUGCAGAAAAGCUUGGAUUGUGUCCCCAGUUUUUCAAAGUUCUCGGAGAAGUUAAUCCCUUGGAGGAAAAACCAUUUCAUGAGCUACCAUUCUAUCAAAAAGUAUGGCUGCUAAAAGGUCUCUGUGACUUUGUAUAUGAAACACAAAAGGAUGUUCAGGAUGCGGUGCUAGGUCAGCCUAUCCAUGAAUGCAGAGAAGUAAUUCUUGGUUAUGACUGCUUGGAAAAUGCGUAUGUUCACUUUCCACAGUUCUGUGGUGCAGAUAUUCGAAUUUACAAACAAAAACCUUUUCAGGCUCCUGAAUUUCCAUCUCUUCCCAUCAAGGUUAAAAAAGUGCCACGUAUUAAAUUGGAAAGAGUAAAACAUGAAUAUGGAAGCAAAAGCAAUGGGGAGGUCAGUUCUGCUGGGAGAGAACUGCUGUGUCAUUCCAAGACAGAUGGAGAGAAAAGUAUGGACAUUGUUAUCUGUCCAGAGAAAAGAACACGUUUAGGUAGCUUUAGAGUCACUACAGAGGAAUUGAAGGUUGACUGUGAAAUAAAAGCCUCAAGAGUUUGUGACAUCAAAAAAACUGGUUGUUAUAAAAAGAACUUCAGGAAUUUGAUUACUUCAGGAGAGAUUGUGGAUAUAGGUGGUCACCCUAGUUCAAAAGAAUUAACAGAUGUGGAGAAUGGACAAGGUUGCACUGAAAUAGCCAGAGUAAGAUCUGACCUGAGUCCAUUCAAGGAGAGCACACUGAAAGCUUGCCAAAUGCACGUCAAUGGCACUUAUAAUGAAAACCAAGGCAGAAAUUAUCAUGAAUCUGCUGAAGAAACAGUACUAGAGACCUUACUGCAAAAUAAUAAGAAACUAAAUAAGAUGCUGGCAAAAAAGAAGAAAAAGAAAAAAAAGAAGUUGGAGGACAUUCUAAAUGAAAAUCUACAGAGAAAACUUGAUGACUUGCAAAGAAAGCGUGAGAUUCAUCUUCAUCCAUUCAAAUCUUACAAAUCUGAGAUCCAGAACAAGUUAUUUUUAAUUAAAAAGAAAGCAAAACAUAAGAAGCACAAGUCUGGAAAAAAAUCGUUAUCUAAAAAAGCAAUCACAAAGAAGAGGAAAAGUGUCAUAAAGUCUACCAUACCAGAAUUUCAGCUUAUUUGCACUAAUCUUGAUGAACUCAGGGAAUUAAUCACAAAGAUUGAGAAUGAACUCAAAGAUCUGGAGGACAUUAAAAAGAAAUCGGGAAGAUGGUUCCACCGGAAGCAAGCAGUAAAGGAAUUGCAUGGUACAUUGUUACGACUGCUUAACGAACUGUUACCAUGGGAACCAAAGCUAAUUAAAGCAUUUCAAAGAAACAGGUCUAGAUUGAAGAAGGACUAUGAUGACUUUAAAAGACAUCCAGACCAUGAUAAAUUUACCAGAGAAUUGUGGAGUAAUGAUGAAAGUGAAGUUGAUUCUGGCAAAGAAUCUUUUGCAGUAGUAUGCGGUAAAUCAUCAGAGUCUACAGAACAUAUAGAACUUCCCAAAAAAGAUCACUCAGACAAUGAUGAAAUGAAACUAUUAGAGAUGAAUUUACCUACAGGAAAAAACAGAAUUCUGAAAAAAGAAUCCGCUUCUAAAGAGAUACAGAAGACACUGCCUAAAUGCAUUAAACGACAUUUCAAGCAAAGUAGCUGUCUGGAUCAAAGCACUAAUGAGCUUUCAGCAAGAAAGAAAGCUAAACUAAGCACUAAUGAGGCUGUGGUCCAGAGUUCAGAAAGUAGCCUGCAGUUGGAUAGUUGCUUGACUGAGCUGAAACAGUUUGAAGGGUCAACUCUAGAGCUGCUUUCCUUGACGGAUCCUGCAACAUCAGUAUCAAACUUUCUGAAAGGGACCAAACCUAUCCAGGCUUUGCUUGCCAAGAAUGCUGGGAACAAAGUGACCUUAACAAAUCAACUGUUGCCUCCUGCAGGCAUGAACGUCUCUACUUCUGAGAAGUCAGUUUUACCAGCUUUGGAAUCAUCACUGAUCAAACCAGCAUUGCCCUGCCAGGCCAGUUCAAAGACUCCUUUACAAAUGGUAUACAAAAUGCCAAAUGGACACUGUGUACCAAUAGACAUUCCCAACAGCUCAGUGAAAAUUCAAUUGCAAGCUAUGAUUGACCCUAAAAAUGGAGAAAAAGUAAUGCAACAAGUUCUUAUUUUACCUAAGAAUUUUCUUCUUCAACAGAAGGAAGAAAAAAUUGUGUCCAAGGAUAUUCAGUCACUACAACAAAAAUCAUUUGAGAUGCACUGCACAUCUUUACCAAAAAUGCCAAACGUCAGUGUUUCUUUAACACCUGUUCUGGUGACAAGCCCUGCAAAUGCCACUCAGUCACCCACUACAGUUUUUAGCAAGAAUACUACCCACUCAUCACAAGUGACUGGUCCCAUGAACACUACACCAUUGUCUAAUGUUAAUUCAGCAGCUAACUUAUCAUCAAUAAUUAAGAUGAAGACAAUGAAGUUCUGAGUUAUCGUAGCAACAUGGAGAAACUGGGAAUAGAAGCCUUGGUCCCCUGACUCCUUCCAGCAUCUCAUCCAUAACUAAAGAGUGUCAGGAGCAAUGAGUUACUUGAGGUGUACAUGGUGCUAUGGAGAAAGAGAAAUCAAUUGCUUUUGCCAAGUACAAAAUUUUCCAAAUACUACUUUCUAAGUUGAUACUGAAGCAUUGAAGACUCAAAGUAUGAGAGAAUACACCAUAGGAGAAAUCAUCAACUGCCUGUUUAACAAUAUUAUCUCACCAUGUCUUACUCAGUUUUAAGUGAGAUCUUGAGUUGCAACUUACCACAGAAUUAAAGUCUCUGUAGUUCUGCAGA